GAAGCAUCACGUCACGCGUUUCACAUCUUUCAGGAUCAUUCUCUCUUUCUCGUCCUCCUCACUAAAACAACAACGACUACGCUCUAACGCGCGCGCGUGUUCGCCUUUUCGCUUUUGUUAUUACCAGUCAAAUCCAUCUUUCCGAACGCUCAGCGACUUCUUCAUCACUUUCUCUUCCCCCUUCGUCCAUUUCACGCGCUUCCUCUUCCUUCCUCCGUCGAUUCGCCGCCAUUUCGCUUCAGGUUAUUUGAAGUUCAAAUAAUAACUCUCGUUUUAGUUGCUACUUGAGCUGGAUUUGGAGGUAUUGUCAUCUGGAAAUCAUUAGGAAUAAGUUUAGAACUGUGGGUUUGUUAGUACAAGGUAAUCUUAUCUCUUCUAUGGUGUGUGGAUACAUUGAAAGCAAAAUAUGGGACUUUUUGAUGACUUGCCUUUGCCUGAAGACAAAGCUAUUGGCUCUCAAAGUCCUCACCUCUUCAUGGUCUUUUCAAACCAACUUAGCUUUGCUCAACAGAUAGGAUUACUUUUAUUAAAUGGCCUUCUUUUACCACUAUGCAGUAUUUGAGACGUGAACUCGCUAAAAUAGAUGAGAGUUGGACUGUUGCUCGUUUUGAUUCACUACCUCAUGUUGUUCACAUUUCGACGUCAAAAGAUCGUGAUGCUGCUGCACAAUUGUUGAAGGAGCAAAGUGAUGUUGUUGAGGAGGUUGUGGAUGAAGUAGUACAAACCUAUCAUAGUGGCUUCAACAAAGCUAUCCAAAACUAUUCCCAGAUCUUGAAGCUUUUCAGUGAUUCCACUGAGAGUAUCUCCGUCUUAAAGGUAGAUUUGGCAGAGGCAAAGAAGCACCUUAGUGCGCGCAAUAAACAAUUGCAUCAAUUAUGGUAUCGCUCAGUUACAUUGCGACACAUAAUCUCCUUAUUGGAUCAAAUUGAAGGCAUUGCUAAGGUUCCAGCACGUAUGCUCAUUGCUGAGAAGCAAUUUUAUGCUGCAGUUCAAUUGCAAGUGCAGUCUAUGCUGAUGCUUGAGAGAGAAGGUCUCCAAACUGUAGGAUUUCAACUCACUCACAUUUUAUCCUAUUUUCAUCUUAUUUUGAGUAGGAACCUGCUAUUUUUCAUUAAUAGUUCCCCACCUUGGUUCUGGACUUCACUUGGUAUUUUAGUUAAAAGGAGCAAGUGAUUUGUACAGAUAAAAGGGCAAACAUACUAAAAGGGCAAACAUACUAAAAGCAGGUGAUACGAUAUCCAUCAUAUCAGAAAAUCUAUAAACAAACAAAGAACAGAUGUGGCUAAACAAAUACAACAAAGCUGUUGCAUCUGUCUGCUUGUUAGAUAUUAAUAUUGCCUCAAGAAGACUAAGAAUGUGAGAAAGUCCUGUGCGUCAUAGAGAGCUAUAAUUGUUAUUCUAUCCUCUAUUAUAUGGAAAGGCAAAGGGAUGCCUCUGAAAAUGCCAAUCAUUUAGUUGGUUAUAUCAUUAUUCUACAUUUCAUUG